AUGCACUACCGCAACGAGUUUACGUCGGUUGACGGUCUGCAGGACACGGCCACCCGCUUCUUUGUGGACCAGCAGUCGCGCAAGGCGGCGGGACCCGCGGUCUCGGGCAGGGGAGCCGCGAUGGCCGCAUCCAGCAGCGACCAGUGUCACCGCUGCAAGGAGUUUGGGCACUUCCAGCGUGACUGUCCGAAGUCUGCGCCGCCGUCCCGCGCAAGGAAAGGCAAGAAGCCGAAGCCGCGCAAGAAGCGCGGAGGUGGCGGGACUGGGCAGUCCAAGUGGUGCUCCUUCCACAGGACGACGACGCACAGCGAUGCUGAGUGCAAGGCUCAACACAAGAAGAAACAAGAGGAGCUUCAAGGGUUGGCUGCGAACCUGGCCCUGCUUCAGGCAGCUGGCCCGGCCAAUUUCGCCCACCUUGGGAGCGCCAACUUGGCGCAGCCGUUUCAGGCGGCAGCGCCCCAGGCGGCAGCGCCCCAGGCGUCUCAGGCUCCUUCGGAACCCACCACGUUCGGGUUCUCUUUCAACGCUCUCGGCGCCUCUGCAGCCCCUGCCGCCUCGCAGGCGGCUUCCGCGUCUGCCUCGUCCGCAUCUCCUGCGCGGGACCACCACCUGCCUUCUGGGUACUUCGGUGCCUUUAUGGCCUCUUUUGCGGAGGAAACGUCCCCGGCUCUUCCUCGCUCCGAUGGAUCGUCUAUCCUGAUGUUGGAGGAUAGCGGGGCGACGGACAACUAUCUCGAUCCUGCGCUCACGCCUGGCGUACGGGCUCACAUGCGCGACAUCGAAGACCUUCGGAUUCCNACUGUCGGCGCCUCUGCAGCCCCUGCCGCCUCGCAGGCGGCUUCCGCGUCUGCCUCGUCCGCAUCUCCUGCGCGGGACCACCACCUGCGUUCUGGGUACUUCGGUGCCAUUAUGGCCUCUUUUGCGGAGGAAACGUCCCCGGCUCUUCCUCGCUCCGAUGGAUCGUCUAUCCUGAUGUUGGAGGAUAGCGGGGCGACGGACAACUAUCUCGAUCCUGCGCUUACGCCUGGCGUACGGGCUCACAUGCGCGACAUCGAAGACCUUCGGAUUCCGCUUCCGAUCAUUACCGCCGGGCAGCACGUUCUUCACGGCGUUACGACGGGGGUGCUCUUCGGCACGGUCACUGACGACAGCGGCCAGGACAGGCAAGUUUCUUUUCGUGUCGUGUUAGUUCCGGGACUGGGGACCAACCUCUUCUCCGUCACCGCUGCGCUGUCGAAUGGCGUGGCAUCCCUCUUUUACCCGGACAACCCCAGGCUGGAAUCGGCGGACGCAGUCGUACCGAUGAAAAUCCAAGGAGUGGAUAACACCGGGAAGAUCACUUGCUCCAUCACCAUCAAGCUCGGCGCCGAGAAUGGCGGUCGACAGACCCCCGGGGAGACUCCUGACGGACUUGCCUUGAGGGUGGAGACUGCUGAUCUUUGGCACCGGCGCAUGGGGCACAUCAACAACAAGAGCUUGGAUGUGUUGAGGCAGCAGGCGGCCAGCGGCAUCGACUACCGUGGCGACGUGCAGGACUGCAGUGCGUGCCCUCUUGGUAAGAGUUCUCAACAGCCGCACCCCAAGCACGCCGUCUACGGCGUUUCAACCCCCUUUCAGCUCGUUUUCGUUGACACCUUUGGCCCUUUCACGUCUACUACGUUGGGCGGUUUCAAAUACGCCACCAAGUUUGUCGACCAACACACCAAGUGGAAGGAGGUCGUUCUCAUGAAGGAUAAGACUUCUUGCUCAAUUGAUGGCCUCGAGUUGUUCAAUAAGGGAACCGUCAUCCCCCGUAGCGCACGCAUCCAUGUGCUACGUGCGGGUAAGGGGGCCGAAUUUACGAACGCGGCUUACCGACAGUACUGCCUGGACGUUGGCAUUCAGCUGCAAUUUGCGUCUCCAAACACCCCCCAUCAGAUCGGAGCGAAUGAGCGUGCCGGCCGAACGAUCAUGAACAUCGUGCGUUGCAUGCUCGCUGAUUCUACGCUGCCGAGCCUUCUUUGGGGAGAACUGAUGCAGACGGCGGUCUACCUGAGCAACCGGACUCCUCAUGCAGCCUUGCACAACGGAACGCCGUACAAGGCGCUCUUUGGCACGGACGCGCACCUUGGACACCUUCGGGUGGUCGGGGCACGGGCGUUUGUGCAUGAAGAGACGCACACUAAGAAAUUGGACAGCCGUGCAUGGGAAGGACGGUUGGUGGGCUACAGCCUGGACAGCAAAUCCUACCGUAUCUAUAACGCUCAGACAAGACGGGUGCGGGAGAGUCGUAACGUUAUCUUCAUCGAAACGAACCCCGCGCCGCCUUCGUUGGACGAGCGUGGGUUUGACGACGGGGAGUUCACUUACGCCGACCACGACGACAUGAUCCGAGAUGUGCGCAACUACACCACCAACCACUCGGUCGAUGCGCUUUCUCCCACUCAUGCCGUCGGGGAUCCGUCUGUUCUCGAGCUUCUCGAGGACAUCUCCACCGUCCACAACCGUGACCUUGGGACCAACUCCGCAGACCCUGCUCCUGCCGCAGAGGAUGCGCCUGCGGACGACAGCCUUGCCUCGCCUGGAGGAGUCAGCCCUCCUGAGCCGGGUGACGGUGCAUCAUCACCGGCCGCAUCGAUGCCUGCUCCUGCUCCGGCCGGUUCAACAUUCAGUCCUGCGACGCCGCCUGGAGCGUCGGUGACGCCCGCGGUGGCUCUUCGCGUGGUGCAUCUACGCGUGGUGGGCGUGGCUCGGGACGCCACGUUGGGCUUCACGGAAUACGCAUACACCGUAGGGGGAGUACAACCAGACGUUCCUAGAACCAUUCAGGAAGCACGGGCUUCACCGGACGCAACGAAGUGGAACGCAGCCGCUGAACGCGAGAUGAAAAGCCUCAGCGACCGCAAGGUCUACAAGCUCGUCCCGCGCUCGGCCGUCCCUCCGGAAAGGAAGCGCAUCAAGUCCAAGUGGGUGUUCAAACGCAAGGCCGACGGGACUUUCAAGGGACGUGUCGUGGCCCAGGGUUGGAACCAAGUUCCCGGACUCGACUGCGGCAGCACCUACGCUCCAGUGUGCAGGAUCCAGAGCGUGCGAAUGGUGGCGUGCAUCACAGUUGAGUUCAACCUCAUCUUCGAUCAGAUGGAUGUUUCUACCGCUUUCCUCUACACGGACAUCCAUGAAGAAGUGUUCGUGGAACAACCACCCGGUUUCGAGGUCAAGGACAAGGAUGGAGGUGACAUGGUAAUGAAGCUGAAUAGGAGUCUCUACGGACUUGCUCAAAGCCCAGGCAACUGGUUCAACACCAUCGAUCCCGUGCUCGUCGAGAUUGGAUUCGUCGCACUCAAGUCAGACCCGUGCGUGUAUUUGUACGAUCACAACGGGGCCAAGAUCUACCUGACUCUCUACGUCGAUGACCUUCUCCUGGCCGGCAACGACUCUGACGCCAUUUCGAUGGUUAAAGGGAAGUUGCAAAAGCGCUUCAAAAUGACCAACCUGGGGGAAGCAUCUCUUGUCCUCGGGAUGGAAAUUAGGAGGGAUCGCGAGGCAAAUACUUGA